AUGGAUAGUUCACCUGAUCUAUCUUUAAAAUUGCGUCGCGGUUCCAGCGAUUCGCGUGAUACAUUUUAUAUGGAUUUUGCUCAAGGCAUUGAUUCGGAUAUUGAAGAAGUUGAUAAUAGUGCAAUAGCGCGUGAACCACAACAACCACCUACUCCACCACUACCAAUACCACAAGAUAUUUUGGAUGCUGAAAUUGCUGCUAUGGCUCAAAUGAUACCACCACCUCCACAAACAACAUCCGCUAUGACCAUGCAACCAACACAUUUGCCUACUUUAAGUGAGCAUGAUGACUUGCCACCAACACCACCACCACAACUAUCAAGUACAGCUAUGUCUUCACCGCCAGCAUCUCCAACAAAUUCUGUUUUGGAGAUGAUACCACCACCACCUAUGUCGCCACCUAUAGCUGCACCAAUGCGUUUUGCAUCUUCGCCACCUAUCGAAACAGAAGAUGAAGGUGAUGAUGGCGAUGCUGAUGAACCGGAUGACGCAGAUGAAGAAGAUAAUGAUGAUGAUGACGAGUAUAAAUCAACUCCUCCACCACCUUUACCACCACUACCCUCAAAUUUGUCUUACAUACACGGUAGUGGUGGACCACAUGUUUCACCUAUAGCCAGUACAGCACCUCUUUCACCAUCGAUCACAAAAUCACCUUCAACUUCGCCAUCACCACCAAUUACGCCACCUGUUUUAACAAAAUUUACCUCACCACCAGUUGCUUAUGUACCACCAACACAUGUGCCAACAACAUCACCUUCAGAAAGUGAUCAAUCGCAACCAAACUCUCCACCACCAUUACCACCACAUCAUGACACACCGCCGCAACCAAUUUCACCGAAAAGCAUAAGCGCUGAAUUGAGUGCACCAAGCCCACCACCACUUUAUGAUGAAACUAAUGAAAUGAUUGCUGCUGUAUUGGCAGCUGCGGUAGAGGCAACAGCAGAUUUUGUGCCACCUGCCCCUUAUCAAAUGCCUGACGAAAAUAAAUCUUUAAAUGAUGAUGAAUCAACUACUAUCACAACACCACCCAGCAAUGGUUAUUCAGGUUCUUCUAUACUUGCACCAACCAGUGAGCAUUUAGGUGAAUUAGAAAAAGAUGCUGGACUUGUUUUAGCUGAUAUACCACCACCGCCAGGCUUAGAAGAUGAGCCUAAAAUGGAUGAAGAAGCUUCUGGAGAAAAAACACCAAUUUCAGAGCAGCAACCAGAUGAUGUUGUGACAGAAGAUCAAAUCACGCGUGACAUACCUAUUGAUGAGGAGGCCGAAGAACCAGGCACACCUACACAACAAACAACAUCAAUUGCUUCAGGCUCACUUAAACGUAGCGGCAGCAUUGGUGGUGCAACUAGUCAUGCAGCUAGUCGCAGCGUCAGUCGCAGCGGUAGUCGCAGUGGUAGCCGCAAAUCAAGUCGCAGUGGCAGUGUACGCGGGAGUAUCGGUUCACGUGCUGGUAGUAUUGCAGCCGGUUCAGUAGCCUCAGCAGCAGCAUCUAUUGCUUCAGGUGUGCAACAAGGCGUUGUGACAUCGCCACAAGCUUCGAUAAAAUCAUUACGUAGCCAACAAUCAAUCAAAUCACAACAUUCAAAACAUAGCAUUCCACCAAAUGUCAGGAGUCCACCUCUAUCUGCACGUAUGCAAAGUCCACCGGAAGGAGACGGUGCACCAAUAAUGCCCACACCACCAAUGAUGCGUAGCCCACCCCCAGUCAAAAGUCCACCGGUUAUGCAUAGCCCACCAAUAGUCACCAGCCCACCUAGGGUUUAUAGUCCACCAUUGGUCAGCAGUCCGCCAAUGCGUAAAUCCAUUAUCGAAACAACGGAGACUGAUAAAGCUGGAAUGCCAGAAAAAAGGUAA